AUGGCCGGAGUACUGGCGAGAAUUGUUCAAGGAACAAAAUCUCACCUAGGUAUUGCGGCGCCUCUGGCGACUAUUAGCAAUGGAUCAGUCCGUUUCCAACAAACAGAGAGUCAGGGAAAGACCAAGUUUGGACCGUUGGCAGACAGCGACAGGGUCUUCACUAAUCUUUACGGUCGCCAUGAGUGGAGAUUGAAGGGUGCUAUGGCAAGAGGCGACUGGUACAUGACUAAAAAUAUUUUGGAAAAGGGAACUGAUUGGAUCGUUAAUGAACUCAAAACAUCUGGCCUCCGUGGCCGUGGGGGUGCUGGAUUUCCGACAGGCAUGAAAUGGUCUUUUAUGAAUAAGCCAUCUGAUGGCAGACCAAAGUACUUAGUUGUUAAUGCUGAUGAGGGAGAACCAGGCACAUGCAAAGACAGAGAAAUCAUGCGUCAUGAUCCCCAUAAGUUAGUUGAAGGGUGUUUGAUAGCUGGGCGUGCUAUGGGAGCACAAGCCGCAUACAUUUAUAUUAGAGGAGAAUUUUACAAUGAAGCCAGUAACUUGCAAGUUGCUAUUGCAGAGGCUUAUCAAGCUGGUUUAAUUGGUAAGAAUGCUUGUGGUUCUGGCUAUGAUUUUGAUGUGUUUGUCCAUCGUGGGGCUGGAGCUUACAUCUGCGGUGAGGAGACAGCUCUGAUUGAGUCCAUAGAGGGUAAACAGGGCAAGCCACGAUUGAAGCCUCCAUUCCCAGCUGAUGUGGGUCUAUUUGGUUGUCCCACUACUGUGAACAAUGUAGAGACAAUUGCUGUAGCGCCUACGAUAUGCCGUCGUGGUGGUCAAUGGUUCGCUUCUUUCGGUCGACCACGUAACUCUGGUACGAAACUCUUCAAUAUCUCAGGCCAUGUGAACACACCCUGCACCGUUGAGGAGGAGAUGAGUAUACCACUUAAGGAGCUUAUUGAGCGUCAUGCUGGAGGCGUUUGCGGAGGAUGGGAUAAUUUGUUGGCUAUCAUACCUGGUGGGUCUUCUACCCCACUUAUUCCUAAAGACGUCUGCGAAACAGUGUUAAUGGACUUCGACGGUCUGGUAGCGGCCCAGACAUCGCUCGGCACAGCCGCCAUCAUUGUCAUGGAUAAGUCUACGGAUAUAGUGAAGGCGAUCGCUCGCCUCAUCAUGUUCUAUAAACACGAAUCGUGUGGCCAAUGCACGCCGUGUCGCGAGGGUGUCUCGUGGAUGAACAAGAUUAUAUACAGAUUCGUCGAAGGCAACGCGUCGCCAAAGGAAAUUGACAUGUUAUGGGAGAUCUCGAAACAGAUUGAAGGUCACACAAUUUGUGCAUUAGGAGACGGUGCGGCAUGGCCCGUUCAAGGUCUUAUUAGGCAUUUUAGACCAGAGUUAGAGAGACGCAUGGAAGCGUACUCAAUGACCCAUGGACCCAGCAAAGCCGAGCGCUUGUACUAG